AUGAGUGACAUAUCCACGUUUUUUAUAAAUUUUAUAAAUCAAGCACCAGACCGUACAAUUUCUUUUGCAAUAUAUCAAGAUUCACCAACUCUACCUGCAGGAUUUCAGGUCGUAGCAUGGCUUCAAGCAGAUGUCCCCCCGGAUGGUGAAUCAAUCGUUAUGUUUAAUCGUGGGGAAUAUAAUGUCGCUGUUGUUGAUUAUUACGACGAGACUGGUGUUGGAAUAUACAAGUCAAGUCAAAUAUUUGUUGCAAAAAUCGGGCAGAUAUGGGAAUUAACUGAGAAAUCAUCACGUGAAGCCAAUUUAGCGAUUGGGGAAUCACAUAAAAUAGCGAUUGUGCAUAACAAAGUCAAGAAAGGUGAUAGAACAACUUUUCAAUUACCUAAUCAAUAUCAUGUCGGGAUUUUUUAUGACUUAGUUCUUGGUCAAGGAAUCAGUAGUGAUAUAUAUCAUUUGUCGAAGCUUUUGGACUUGAGUGCUGACACUAAUCACUACAUCGUCACGGCUAAAUUUGAUAGUAUAACUAGCAAACUUUCGCUCGAGAUAGAGCCCGGUAAACCCAUGAUAAAUAAUGCUGAAAAUAAUCGAAAUGAGAAGGAUUCAAAAUUGUAA